AUGUUCACCCACAACAAUAAUAACGAAACUCCACUUAUGGAUGUAGACCCACUUCCGCUCGAUAAAGGAAAGGGCAAAGAAGUUUUACAAAGUGAAACAACCAUAGUUGCCAUCACAGAACAAA